AUGUCCGUGCUCCGCGGCGAGCGGCCGGCGAGGCCCGGGACCCGCCUCACCUGGCUGCUGUGCUGCAGCGCCCUGCUGUCCCCGGCCGCGGGCUACGUGAUCGUGAGCUCCGUGUCCUGGGCCGUCACCAACGAGGUGGACGAGGAGCUGGACAGCGCCUCCACGGAGGAGGCGCUGCCCGCGCUGCUGGAGGACUCGGGCAGCAUCUGGCAGCAGAGCUUCCCGGCCUCGGCUCACAAGGAGGACGCGCACCUGCGGCCCCGGGCGGCCGCCGCUCGCGCCAGGCCGCCCCCCGCGCCGCCCGGCAUGUUCUCCUACCGGCCCGAGGGCGGCCCCGGGCUGCGCGCCGGCACCGCCCGCUCCCUGGCCCACGCCAGCGCCUGGGGCUGUCUGGCCACCGUGUCCGCCCACGAAAAGAUCCAAGGACUACCAUUUGGGAACUGCCUGCCCGUCAGUGAUGGCCCCUUAAACAACAGCACUGGGGUUCCCUUCUUCUAUGUGACAGCGAAGGACUCUGUGGUUGCCGAUCUGAUGAAGAACCCCAUGGCCUCGCUGACACUGCCAGAAUCAGAAGGAGAAUUUUGCAGAAAAAACAUCGUCGACCCGGAAGACCCCAGGUGUGCCCGGUUGACGCUCACUGGCCGGAUGAUGGCGGUGUCUCCAGAAGAAGUAGAAUUUGCCAAGCAGGCCAUGUUUUCAAGACACCCAGGGAUGAGGAAGUGGCCUCGUCAGUAUGAAUGGUUCUUUAUGAAGAUGAGGAUAGAACAUAUCUGGCUUCAGAAAUGGUAUGGAGGAGUCUCCGACAUUUCAAGGGAAGAAUAUUUCAAAGCAGCUCCCAGAAAAGCCUGAUGGAGUAAGAAGACCCUCAUUGUGUUCAAAUAAAAACCUUUUUAGUGAUGCUGCCAGACAGUUGUUGACCGCUGUCUCUUUGCUGCAGCGUUCAGAGAGCCGUGUCAUCCCUACAGCAGAAUGAGAGAGGGAGAACAGGGAAGCCUGUGCUGGAUUUGAGAUGAAAGUGGCCACUUGCAGAUCUCCGACUCACACAGGUACUUCACGUAGAUAGUCUUUGUUUACGUUGUAUUCGAUCCAGACUCACCUAUUUGGAAGUCAUCGUUGGUUGUCAAGAUGACAUGUUGAGACCGUUGCUGUUCCAUUGUUUAAGGAAACAUGAUGCCUGUACGUACAAUGUGAUUGCUUUGUGUCGGGAGAGUGCUGUCGUUGCUUGCUGCACCAAAGGCAGAGUCUUGGAUCUAAGCUCAUUGCAACCACAAAGAAGGCGAGCCGACAUCAUGUGGCCACUACAUCGUAUUUAGGGUGAGGGUGGAGAACUAUUUGUCCGUGGAUUAUUCAUCCUGCUACUGGAUUGCAAAUGCAUUAUUUGGUCACAUUUGCUAGAAUAUAUUGGUCAUGUGUGGAGCUUUUCCCCCCACUGUAACAUGCAAACCAGUGUAAAAACAUACAGAGCGCCUACUCUAUGUAAGCGGGCCUCGGUAGUACAUUACAGAGGAAGGGUAGCUUCAGCAUGAAGCUCCCAGGUCCCUGCUGCUCACACUUCUGAUGAGGGUUCCCCUUCCACAUGCAUGAGGAGUGGCAUCCAAAAUGAGAAAACCUCAUUCUGUGGUGUGUGGAGAGGAGAGGGGAGGAUGAUACCGGGAAAG